AUGAAAAAAAAAAGAAAAAACGUUUGUUCGUUUCGUAGAUCGGUGAAGCUGUUGCCGGAUUGUAGAACGCUGAUAGUCGGAGGCGAGGCGAGGCAGCUGAUCAUCUGGGACCUGGCCAGCCCGACGCCGAGGAUCAAGGCGGAGCUGACCUCCUCCGCGCCGGCCUGCUACGCGCUGGCCAUCUCGCCGGACUCGAAAGUCUGCUUCAGCUGCUGCAGCGACGGCAACAUCGCCGUGUGGGAUCUCCACAACGAGAUUUUGAUCCGGCAGUUCCAAGGGCACACGGACGGCGCCUCCUGCAUCGACAUCUCCGCGGAUGGCACGAAGCUCUGGACAGGAGGGCUCGAUAACACCGUGCGUUCCUGGGACCUGAGGGAAGGCAGACAGCUGCAACAGCACGACUUGAAUUCGCAGAUAUUCUCCCUGGGCUAUUGUCCGACCGGAGAAUGGCUCGCGGUCGGUAUGGAGAACUCGAAGGUCGAGGUCCUCCAUGCAUCCAAGUCGGAUAAGUACUGCCUGCUCGUACACGAAUCCUGCGUCCUAUCGCUGCGUUUCGCGUCCUGCGGCAAAUGGUUCGUCUCCACCGGCAAGGACAAUCUGUUGAACGCCUGGCGCACACCCUACGGAGCUUCAAUAUUCCAGGUGUGUAUGCCACUCGCGGCCCGUGUGCACGAAUUUUCACGGAUCGAAGGAUUCCACCGGGCGCUCCGAAUAUUCACGACGGCGAAGGUAUUCGCGUGCCCCGGCGUACGUAGACGUCGGCGCGAAAAAUUUCUUGGACCUCGAGGUUGUAUCGCGGAGGCUGUUCGACGGGCUCGCGUGCUUUCGGAGGCUCCGGGAGAUUUUUCUCGUGCGGCGAUCGCUUGUCGAAUGACCGGUACAUACGUGUUAUGUACGGUAAUGUCUCCCUAA